UAAAAAAAGGUGUUCGUCUCGUCGAAGUCACAAUCCGAGACGACACGAUGAAGCCGCGCACCGCCGCCACGCAGAGCUCCGUGACGCGCCUCGGAGGCGCGCUUUUGUGCGCGCUGGCGCUGCUCUCCUGCGCCUCGCAAGCCCACGUCCUGGAUUCCGAGUCCGAGGAGGAGUUGAACCGCAGAGCGCUGCGAGAUUUUUACCCGAAAGGACCCAAUUUGACCAGCGAGAAGCAACUGCUUGGAGCUCUCCAAGAAGUUCUCGAAAAGCUUCAGGCUAAACGGCUGCCUUUGUGGGAGAAGAAAUUCGGCCAAGUCCCGACGUGCGACAUCGGCGAGCAGUGCGCGGUGAGGAAAGGCGCUCGGAUCGGGAAGAUGUGCGACUGUCCUCGAGGAGCGUUCUGCAACUUCUUCUUGCUCAAGUGCUUAUGAGCUUUUUAUGAAUGUCGCACCGAGACGUCCGAUACAUUGUCUUUGGAAUUGUAUGUUUAUACUUUUGAAUGAAAAAGCCGGGGAGGUGACAUGUGAGUGGUGUGACAUGUGAAUGAUAGAAAUUAAUAAUACAAUGGAACCUCGCUUUUUGGUUAAUAACUUGUUGCAAAAAUACCGAAAAUUAUUUUUUUUUAUUAUAUUAUUUAUUUAUUAUAAUUUAAAAAAAAUAUAGUCAGCAAAAAAUCAUGUUGUUUUGUGGUUGAAUACAGCAUAUUAUUAGUCUAAAAUAUUUUAAAUAAAUUUUAAUUUGAUAAAAAUUUCAAAAUGAGCUAAAAUACAAAUGUAAGACAUUCAGACUGAUUCUAUGUAGUAUUCUACAUUGGCCACUAGGUGUCAGUAAUGUUACAGUAAUCUUCAGUGAGCUUACAUACAUUUAUAGCAACCAAAACUAGCAUGAGUCUUAUUUAUGUCUUAAACGGCUUAUUUUCUCUUAUUAUGUCAACCAUAUUGGAUAAUACGAGUAUAAAGGUCUAUAUAUAGGGGUGUUAUAUCAUGUCUAGAGGGCUCUAAUAAUGUUAAAGAGCAUAUUUAGAAGGUCGUAAAUUGCUCUAAUUACAAAAAUGUACUAUUUAUAAAUACGGAUUCCUGCAAUAAACGAGGAGUUGCGUAACUUUUAAUGUAUACUUUUGUUGUAUGUUAUUUAUUGAAUGCUUUCUUUGGCCCCGUGGCAGGUGAUUUAGCGGUCACACAUGUUUUGUUUGGGCACCCGAUUCUGCGAAAUAAGAGUGAGAAAAGGGAAAAACUGGUGUGUUCCGUGCACGAAAACCGAGGUUACACUGUAUUGUGAUUUCUUCAAAAGUUUUAAGACACUUCGUAAUGCUGUUCAAUGGGAAAGUGUCUCUAAACUUUUGAUACUGGUACUGUAUAUAUGCAGCAUAAUACUCACCACAGGGACGAGCACGGUCUUAUGAUCACAUAAAUCACAAAAAUGCUCACUUUUGCAAAGGUUUUUCUUUAUCAUUAUGGUUGUAUAUUUUGCACUGAGCAAUGUUCGAGUCCACGACUCGACUCAAAACAUCUCUCUGUAAACAAUGCAGUAUGACUGAGCGUACUUUAUGUGAUUGUUUGACGCCACCAAUAGCCUUUAAGUCCAAAAACUGGGUUUUUUUUUGUCACCAUAAAAUGUUUGUGGAUGUGACGUGAUGUGAGAAAUAAACGGUGAAUUGUGUUUUGUAAA